AUGCGUGUAUUCGGAAUUGUAUUCAUUUUAUUAUUAUUUGAUAUCAUUUGGAAAGAAAUAGAUUGUGUGAAAACAAGAAGUGGGAAAGGAACUUAUUCGGACUCGCAUUCAGGAGACACUUUAGUAACUGCAGGUCCUAGAAAAAGUCCACGAACUUCACACACAAGAAACAAAGCUGUAGCCGAACAACCGACUCGUAAAGAGGUUAAUACACAGACAACUCCGAGAAAAGGUCCACGAUUUGCUGCUCAGCAAGCAGGAAAAGCCCAGCAAGGGCGUCAUUUCGAGACUGGUCAGGCUAGCACAGGCAAAAAAUUAUUUAAAUUAUGA